CAAUCGCCAAAACCAUAAAAGAAGUUGCAAAAUCCACAAACUCUGAAACCUUUACUCUCCGAUUCUCUCCGUCUUCUAGCUCUCCAAACACCCAAAAUGUCGCUGAUUCCUCACUUCUUCGGCCGCCGAUCAAACAAUGUUUACGAUCCAUUCGCCCUCCAGAUGUUCGAUCCCUUCGAAGGCUGGCCGUUCAACAGCAACUUCGGACCGAUCUCCGAUCACUUCCCCUCGGAGACGGCGUCGUUCGUCCGCUCGAACGUCGACUGGAAGGAGACUCCGACGGCGCACGUGUUCACGGCGGACGUGCCGGGGCUGAGGAAGGAGGAGGUUAAGGUGGAGGUGGAGGAAGGAAGAGUGUUGCAGAUCAGCGGAGAGAGGAAUCGCGAGCAGGAGGAGAAGGGCGACACGUGGCACCGCAUGGAGCGGAGCAGCGGCAAGUUUCUCCGCCGCUUCAGGCUGCCGGAGAACGCCAAAGUGGAUCAGGUCAAGGCGGCGAUGGAGAACGGAGUGCUCACUGUGACGGUGCCGAAAGAAGGGGUGAAGAAGCGCGAUAUGAAGUCUAUUAAGAUCUCCGGUUAAACGUCAUCGUCACUUCCUGUUCUGGUGUCUCGUGAGUUUAAUCUAGGGUUUUGAGAAGCGUCCACGGUUGUGAACCGGUGGGUAUAAAAUAAAUUGUGACUUUUGUUUGGGGGUUUUGGUAUGCAAGUCAUUUGUCUUGUUGAAUUCGGUUAUCUUGACUGCGUGUCUUGGUAUGUAAAUACUUAGUUGAAGCAUAUAUAACUGCGUUUGUGAAUAAUAAUAUCAGUUUUGAUGUCUAGAAACUCUCUG